AUGGGUCCAGAGGAUUCGAAGCAUACGCCAGUCCUUAUACUGCACGGCGGCACUGGCAACAGCAACCAAAUGUACAACCAAGCGAACAUGCUCGCCCAGACUCGACGGGUGAUUCUUCAAGAUACUCGAGGCCAAGGUCGCAGUCCCUACGCCAACUUUGAAGGAUUCCACUACGAUGAUUUCACCCGCGAUGCAAUCGCUCUACUCGACCAUCUACACAUCCCACGGGUAGCAGUCCUUGGCUGGAGCGACGGCGCUAUUACCAGCCUCGACCUAGCAAUGAACUACUCCUCACGCAUCGAGCGCGUAUUCGCCCACGGCGCAAACAUUCAAGCGAACAUGAGUAUCCCCGGUACAAAUGAUCCGAUCAUUAACUCCAAAUCCGGAAGCCUCGACUCCGACUUUUCUACCAACGGUACUACAUUUUCUACGGAUACCUCACGACUACGCAAACGCGAUAAGUGCAACCCGUAUACAUGCGAGAGUCUUAGUCCUUUACCUUCACGCUGCGAAGAUAUGAAAGAUAGCGUGGACACUAUGUGGAACACAGAACCUAGUUGGGGCCCCGAGGCAAUGGCCAAAAUCAAAUGUCCAGUCUGGAUCGUCGAUGGAGACCAUGAUACCGCUGUUGAGAGAAAUCAAGUAGAUGCCAUGGCUGCCUGGAUUCCUUAUGCCGGUCAAUUGAUUCUACCGCAGGUCGGUCAUCAUGCUCUCCUUGAAGACCCGGUGUUCUUCAACUUUGCGGUUCAGUAUUUUAUGGAUAUGAAAUUCGAGGGAAACAUCCCUUACUACUGA